AUGGAGCGCAAUCUUUGUGAUCAGGUUAAUAGCGAAUUCGUUUGUUGUGACAAUAUCGUAACUGUACAAUCGGAAAAAAAUUGCUUAGCUACUUCUGUUCCUGAUAACUCCGGCAAUCAUGCACCUCGCAACGGAACCACUUCUCCUCUCUUUGAUUCCUCUGGAUCCGAUGGUUUAGUGGUUGGUCAAUCAAUCGGCAACCUAAAGACCAAAUCUUUUACAAAUAGUGAUUCAGCCUUGCCUUUAUUUUACUCAAGCAAGGCUCAUGUCCUUCGAGCUCCCUCUCUUCCUCCUUCUAACACUUCUAAGUAUUCCACGGGCUCCGACACAAAUACAGCCCCUCCUGAAGUGCCCAUUCGAACCUCUUCUUCUCCACAGAAGUAUAUUUCUCUAUCUUCCUUCGUUGGACGCGAAUGGGUAUUUGAUAAAGUCUUUAGAUGGCUUCAGCUUUCAUCUGACGGUACGCCAGCGUCUACUGAAGCUAUGUAUUGUUCUUUCAUUGUGAUGGGUGGACCUGGUACAGGAAAAACCGCUCUCCUUAACGAAAUUAUCAAAAACAGUCCUCUCGAUUUAUCCUCCCGCCUUCUAGCCUACCACACGUGCUCAAACCAAUUUGCAGCAUCAAUAAAUCUUCCUCGUUUUAUUUUAUCCCUUCGUGACCAGUUAGUCUCAAGACAAGAUACAAUUGGAGCAUUUUAUCGUGAGCGUCUAGCUGCCGGUGGUGGUCGACUAAACCGACUUUUUACCUCAGCUCGACUUUGCGCGUUUCCUGAUGAGGUUUUGUCCGAGGGAGUAUUCAAGGUUCUUGGUGAUAUAGAUCCAAGACAAAUCAACAGUGACCAGAAGCUUUUUUUAGCCAUCGAUGCUGCUGACGAGUGUCUUCGGUUAAACCCAAAUUCUGAGGUCCGAGCCCCACCAUCCAUUUCCAGCAUUGGAUGCUCGCACAAGCGACUUUCACAAGCCUCUUCUGUGUCCGAUCAUGCGAGUGAAAUUCAGAAUCUCGGCUUGCAUCAAUCGAGUGGUCGAAUUCGUCAGGGAUGGGUUAGUCGAAAUCUUCUUGAACUGCUAGCAAUCAAUGCUCUAUUUCUUCCACCGUGGAUUGGACUCUUCCUUACCUGUCGUCGAGAUUCACAAACAAUUCUACGUCGACUAUUCCGCUGUGCUAACACCGUCUUUCUGGAUGAUAUGCGUUGCCCAUCGGUAUUUAAGGAUAUGAAUGAUUACAUCUGCAUGCGCCUGAAAAAUGAUAGCCUCCUUCAAAAUACAUUUGAUCUCUGUGGACAGGAUAUUCCCCACAUAUUACAGUAUAAGUGUAAUGCCUCGUUUCUCUACCUCCAUAUUGUUUUAACAGCUAUCGGUGAGUGCUGGCUAACUCCAGAGUAUAUUAAAACUAUCCCAGCCACUAUUAAUGGACUCUUUCUCUGGCUUUGUCAACGCCUCUUGAAUCCUCUCCCUAAUGAUCCUUCUUCCUUAAUAAUGACUACUAUCAAACCAGUGCUGAAUCUUGUCCUUACCUCACCGCGACCUCUAACUCUCACAGAAAUUGAUGUUAUUCUACACUCGAACAAAGUUUCUCCCAAAGUAUCAGAAAACUGGAGGCAAGUUCUUGCCCUACCUUUUUUCUUGGUGCAUCAGUAUCCCCAAUUUCUGCAACAGCAACCUCAACAAUGGGUGGAUCUUCUUGAUUAUGCUAAUCUACGACACGAAAAAGUACUUUGUCUUGCUCACACCAGUUUAAGAGACUGGUUUCUUGACAUUAAAUACUCUACACCAGUGUAUCUAGCCUCAUCUCGUGACGGACAUACAAUGUUAGCUUUGGCAGCCUUAAACCAAAUUCGCAAGUCCCCUUGUCUUUCGCACUCCUUUACUUGGGAUAUUCUCUACAAUUUCACCCGAUCUAGUCUCUACAAUUCCGCAGAAGCACUUCAGAAACUCACCGCUACUCUAAAAGAUGUGGAAUUGGACUUUACCGUAGAUAUUCUUGCAAACCUUGACUGUUGGACGUUUUUGCAUGAUCCAAUCCUCGUGCACUGCUCAUUCGCUGGAUCUUCAAUCAGUCAACUAAUUGAAGAUGCGUUGAACUAUGAGCACCGGUCGUUUGACCCACAGGCAUCGAUUGCCCUCAGCAGUAAUGGGAAUCGUACCAGAGAGCGCAAAACUAAACAAGUGAUUCUCCAAACAGGAGCAGAUAAGGAGACUUCUAUUGGUCAGUUGUGUACUGCUGCUUUUCAAGGAAAGCUGGAGGUGGUGGAAAGUAUUUUGAGUCAAAAUUCGGUGGAUGUGGAUGCGAGGGAUGCCGCGGGUUCUACACCAUUGGUUUUGGCUUCUCGUCAAGGCCAUUUGGAGAUUGUGAGGUGUUUGCUAAAGGCGAAUGCAAGAUUAGAUCAAAUAGAUCAGGACGGAUGGUCAGCACUGAGGUCGGCUGCUUGGGGCGGACAUACUGACGUGGUAAAUCUUCUGUUGGACUCCGGAGUAGAUGUGGAUAUAACGGGACCAGACAGUCGAACAGCCUUGCGAGCAGCGGCGUGGGCUGGACACGCUGAAAUAGCGUGUCGUCUGUUAGCUGCUGGGGCCGAUGUCAAUCGUCCCGACGCUGAAGGCAGAACUCCGCUUAUUGCUGCAGCCUAUAUGGGAUGUGGAGACAUCAUAGACAUUCUAGCAGACGCAGGUGCAAAUUUGAAUCACGCGGAUCAGGACGGACGAACCGCUUUGUGUGUGGCAGCCUUCUGUGUGCCGGAGUCGGCAUCACACAGUGAAGUGGUGGCCAAAUUGCUGCAACUUGGAGCCGAUCCAAACCUCGGUGAUCGGGAGCACGUCACUCCACUAAUCGGUGCUGCCAAUACGGGUCGUCGUGACAUCUGUGAAUUCUGUCUGGAAGCUGAUGCUGACGUUGACAUGGUGGACAAGAGUGGUAGAAGUGCCCUCGUAGCAGCUGUGGUGAACGGCCACGUGGAUGUGGUUCAGUUACUUCUUUUCUGGUGUGCUGCUGUUGACACCAUCGAUCUCAAUGGACGCUCCGUUUUGAGCAUCGCUGCUGCCUGUGGCCGUACACAGGUGGUUCGCCAACUCCUCGACCGAGGGCUGGACGAGGGUCAUCGCGAUCACAUGGGCGCCACGCCUCUUCAUCUUGCAGCUGCUGCCGGUCAUGCCGAGGUUGUGAGACUCCUUCUAGAAGCCGGUUCGCACCCUGAUGAGGUUGAUAAUGCCGGUCAGACUCCUCUCCUUGUGGCUUGUCAAGCUGAUCAUGUGGAGGUUGUCCAACUCCUCCUAAAACCAGCUGUCUCCAUGGAAGCAGCAGUCGAUAAUGAACGGGUUCAAGAGCUGUUUGAAGUCCUUACCACUGGACGAAAUGAUGGAGGCGUUAGGAAGGAGUCGGAAGAUCCGCAUCAUGUCUACGAUCCCCUAAGCACUGGAGGACAGGAUGGAUUUCUUGGUCAUGCUGCCUUACAGACUAUAGACAGAGCCUCAAUGGAUGGACGAAAUCCAUUGAGAUCAGCAGCACUCAAUAACAACGUUCCAUUGGUCAAAUUGCUCAUGGCCUUGGGUGCUGAUCCCGAUCAACAGGAUUCGUGUGGUCGUACAACCCUAAGCGUGGUGGUGCUUGAGGGUUUGGUAAAAAUGACCAAAGUGCUGCUCUUCACUCCCACGGCGUGCAACAAAGGCGGCAGCAAAAAGCAGUCCCUUGCACCGGUUGGAGCUAAUCCCCUCAUUGCCGAUGAUGAGGGACGAUUUCCCCUUCACAUUGCUGCAUGGCAAGGUGAUUUGGCUCUGGUUCAUCUCCUCCUUCAGGUUGGAACGCCGGUGGAUGUGCGAGACAAGGAGAAUAGGACACCGUUGCAUUCAGCAGCAUGGCAGAAUCAUGCAAACACCUGCAACACCCUCAUUGAGUUGGGCGCCAACAUUAACGCGGUUUGCAGUCAAGGCGCCUCGGCACUGUGCAUUGCAGCACAGGAGGGGCACAGCGCUGUUUGUGAGGUUCUCCUACAGAGAGGCGCCAACGCACUUCAAAUGGAUGCCUACGGUCGUACACCCUACAAAGUGGCCAUGAAAGCAGGUCAUGGAGAGAUUUGUGCGCUUUUGGAACGCUAUGGUGCAGCUCCUCCACCAUCCACUUCGCCACGAUUGCGUCAUCGGUGGAAACAGAUGACUCCGACUAACGUUGCCAAACCCACUCAACAACAGCAACAUCACCGACAACAUCGACAGGUUCACCAUAGUCAACAACCUCAGACACGGCAGAUAACAAUGUUAGAGAAGGAGAAAACUGAUAUCAAUACGGUGGAUUCGGUGACUUCUGGUGCGUGUGGCUUUGGAGGACAGGUAAAGGUGGGAAAACCGGUGGUUACUAGCGGACCUUCAAUGCCACAACAGCAGCACCAACACUACCACCACCACCAACAACAACAACCACCGCAGCAGCAAAACGACAUGACAACAGGAGCCUAUGCCAGACCUUCGAUUGCACUGAUGAAUGCUGCUCCUGUGCCACCGCCCCAUUUGCGCUCGUGUCGCCAACAACAGCCAAACAUGCAAGCACCUCAACAUCACCAACUAUCUGGAUGGCCCUCCACUCCCAUGACCUUUGAUCCCAGUCAAUGGCAACCUCUACUGCCACAGAGACUUCAAAUUUCGCCCACUCCCGCUUGGUAUCCCACACCACAAACAACACAAUCCAUCUACACCCCACCGAUGCUCUUCGCCACCCAACAGGCCACCUUCGAUCGAAAUCAACCACAGCCUCCGCUCUACCAGCCAGCUUUUGUCCUCUCCCCUCAGGGCAUUCUGGUGCCAGCUCAAGCACCCUACUUUGUUCCAGUGAUGCAACAUCCUCACUUUCAACCAAAUUUAUCCCAAGUUCCCAGUGAAAUUCCAUCGUCUGAUGUGUUGGUGAGCCAAGCCUGUGUGUCAGCCACGACAAAAGUCUCCGCCUCGAUGGAAAACACAUCAUCAGCCACCACGCAUUCCCAUAGACUACCAAAUUUUCCAAUAGCAGAAGAAGUUGGUUCAGUAUCCCACCAAAACAUGGAGGCACCGGCCAAUCUCACCUUCUCUGGUGUCUCAAUUGCUUCACCAAUUGUGAGUGAGUGUGCUGCAAUGCCAUAUCACUACAGUGCUGCAACACCAACACUGCAGGAGGAUACUCAGAAGACCACUUCAGAUCGCCCCACCAUCCAGUUGAUAGUAAACACAAAAUUAGGUGAAGAUGUGAUCAACUUAAAUGAGGUAACGGACUCGGAAUACGAGUCUUCGGUGUGGGUGAGUAGACGCCAAGUGACUGUGUUUACAGAAGCUGCAGUAGAACGUGGAAGUAAGUCAAAGAAGGGGGCAAAAGCUAGACAAUCAACCUCUCCAGAGCGUCAACAUCAUGGAUCCAGGGUUAAGGCGGCAAUUCAGGGCGCAUGGAAGGGAGCUCGACGAAAGAAGACCACAACAAUACCGGGAAUUUUAGGUGUUUCAACUAUUCCUGUGAAGGAUAAGAAGGUGGAGAAGUCACAGGCUCAACAAUCGCAGCAUCAGGAGUCACAAUCACAUGCUGAGACGCAUAUAUGA